AUGAUUUUUUUAUCAAAAUUCUUUAGUGAUGACUAUUAUAAAGAAUCUUUGAAUACGAAUCCGGUUCUCGCUGUGCGUAUUGUGGGGGAUAAGUCUCUUCCCCUUAUGAAAAGCUUGAUAGAAACUGAGACUUUGGAUUUUCAAAUACAUAUAACCUUUUCCGAUUCCCUUGACGAGAUUAAGCCUAAAAAGAGAAAAUUAAAUGCAGCGCCCAACAAGUCUUUGCUAAAAAGCAAAUGGUGCUACAAGCAUCAAUAUCAAAACUUUGGGUGUAUUUUGUUCACUUUGGUAUUAUGUGAACUCCAUAGUGAGACCGCAUCUGAUCAACUGAAUUUUCUUUUGAGGCAAGUCAAUGAUAGACUGAUUUGCUCUAAUAUUGUCAUUGUCUGCAUCACUCCGGAAACAACAAACGACAUUGACAAAGAGUUCUUGGGUCAUCUGCAUCAGCUCUCAAAAAAGAUGCUCAGUGAACGUUUAUAUAGUUUUACUGCGAUCUGCGUAAAUUCUACGAAUCACUUCGUAGUAUCAAACCUCAGAAAGACUUUAGUCAAUGCAGCUUUAGAUUACCAUAAAAACGAAAUUACAAGGCUGAAGGAAAAGAAUAAAUUAUUAUCCCACCAGAAUUCACCAUCACCUCUCGCACGAGUGUAUUUUAAAAUAGCAUGGCACUAUUUGAUUCUUCGUAAAUAUGAGGAGGCGAAGAAGAAAUUAAUGAAGGCUUAUAGGAUCUUAAGAACCUUUUUCCCAAAUUUUCCACCCUUCGAUGUGCGCAUGGUUGCAUCCCUUCUUUUGAUGCACAUUAUAUCAGUGCUCCCACUAUGUGGAGAAGUCCUCUCCCUCAAAUCGGAACUUUUUGAGGCAUUUAGUUCACACAUCAACUGGGUUGGGUCCGCCCUCACGUCUGAGUAUAACUACAGUUGCAGAAAGCUUGUACUAGUUCUAAGGAGUGCUUUAGUGGCUGAAUGGUGCGAAAUUCUAGCCAGGAAAACUCUUGAUAUAAGCCCACUGAUGCGAAGUGAUCUUCUGAUAUCUGCUGCCAAUAAUUUACAGCAAAUCAAAUCCAUUUCAGAAAAUGCAUUAGAAAGGAAAGCAAUCUUUUCUCCCGUAUACAUUGGAACGGAAUGCUUUAACGAUACCUACGCUGAUGUUUUUUUUGGGAUGUUUAAGCAUUCAGUGUUGUCAGUUCAUAUCUCCGGAUUAUUAGAGGAAGCUAGUGCAACCUCCACCCCUGAGUAUCGAAAGUUUGAAAAGGCUUAUUUCGAAUUGUGUGCACAGGAAACACUUAGCUUAAAUCUUCUUGAAAACCUCCUUGAUAGGGACUGGCAUUCUCUCUACGUUUCCGAUUUUUUUAGCGCUCUGGUUCUGGACAAAUAUAAAGAUAUACCUGUGGGUACCUCAAAGGAUGAAUUGAUUUAUUAUAUCCUUAUUAAUGGUUGUGUGAGCCCACUUUCGAUAUCAUCGCAGAUGCAAUUUUGUAGAAGACUCGAAAAAUUAUCAAAGCGACCAGCUCCAACUUUACGCUACCCGUAUGGUAGUUUUCAGCCACCCUUUACUGUUGUUGCACAAAUUGAACACGAUUCUGUAGAGGCAUCGGAAGGCAGAGCACCACUAAUUUUGAUGUUCUUCACUACCUCUGUUAAACCCAUUACAUUGUCCAACAUUCAAAUAUCCUUACUGGACAUUAAUUGUUUAGAUGUAGAUUCAGGUAUGCUUCAAACUUCCUUACCUGGUUCUUAUGAAAUUGAAGCGCGUGAGUCUACAAAGGCCAAUCUCGAGAUCACUUUUCCGCAAAAUGGUAAAUAUAUUUGUCACAAGUUAUGGGCCACUGCUUCAAUAGGGAUCUCCAUGUUUGACGUCGUUUGGUCUCUCCAUCAAUUGGAUGGUGAGGUCAGGUCAAAACGUUUUCCCAUUUUGGCAAAAAAACCAAUUUUGAAUGUUACGAAACCUAUUUCAUUUGCUAAAGUGUCAUCUACUACUUGUGUAGAUGCUGUGGAAUAUGAAAACUUUGAAGUAACUAUUACCGUUGAGGGAAAGGAAAGUCUGUUGACUAAUGUAAGCAUCUCGUUUACCUACUUGCCCGAGUUUUUUUCUGGAGCGCUUUUUUGCUUUUCCGCAGAGAAUGGAGACAUUAAGCUUUGUGAGAACAUUCUUCGCUCGAAGGACGGGUCGGUCUAUGCGCUUAAUGAUAUAUCUCCUGAACACACCAUGUCUUUUGUGCUUCGUGGGAAAUGUUUAAGGAGUGGUGUGUACCAAGUUCCAAUUAUAUUUCGUCACUCCACAAAGGAUUUUGUGGACAUGGAAAUUGUAAGGAUUUCCGUAUGGGUGAUCAACCCACCGUUUUCCGUUGACUAUUUUUGUUUUACUUCUACACUGUGGUGUUCCUACACUGGUGAGGUGAAUCUUCCCACGACAAAUUCCGUGUAUCAGCAGAGGGACUCAAAUAUUCUUGAGAAGCCAAGGGAUAGCAAGCUCUUACUGACUUCAACUUCAACCGCAGAAUGGUAUAGCAAAAAUACUGCACUUUAUUAUGCUGUACGUGACAAGGAUGCUUCCUCAAAAGCACCGUUAAGGACCUCUGUGGGAGAAAUGGUGACAUUUCUUAUUAAUCUAAUAUGUACAGCAGGGAAAAAAAUCACUGUGUUAAAAUCUGAUGUCAUAUGCAGCGAAGAGUUACAGCUCCACAGUCUAUCGUUUGGGGAGCUUCCAUGCGUUUUGGAUGAAGAAGAGUCGGUGUCAAUUGUCGCCCAACUAUGUGCACGAAAAAAGGGUGUUCUCUCACCUGGAUUCGUCCGCAUUCUGUUCAAACCCCAGUUUUCCUCCUCUCCUCAACUCGUGGCUGAUCUAUCACUUCCACUUAUUAUAAUUGAAGACGCUGCCAUUAGGCUGAAGUAUGUUUACCCUUCUACCGUUCUCUUUGGAUACAUCAUAAUAUUGAAAUUAGUCAUCGUCAACAUGGGGAAGGAUCUUUUUCGUGGUGAGCUCCUCGUAGAUACGCGAUCAGACUGCUUUAGUAUUGGUGGACGCACUCGAUGGAAUCUUACUGUUUGCCCACAAGAUAAUACCGAGGAGCGAAUAGAGCUGAUCCCCUUGAAGGUUGGUGAAUUGCCGUUGCCACUUAUUCGGCUUAACGACAUUCAUGGAUCACCUGUAGUAGCACACCCUAACGUAGCACAUCAUGUGACAGUUUUUUCAGGUCAACAGCCGUGUUCGAAUUUCGAUACACUGAUACAAGUGACUUAGAAUGAUAAGACAGCCU